GGCGGAUGGCAUGGCUGGUCAUUGUGGCGUCACGGACCGCCCGGGGCCCGCCGCCGCCGGUCCGUCGGCCCUAGUUGAGGACCGGUGGUGGGCGGAGGGGGCAUGGCGGUGGCCGGAGCAGGUGCCGGCCCUGCGAGAGAGGGCGCAGACAUGGUGCCGCAUCCCGCCCGGGAGCCCGCCCGUGGCUAAAGCCGACCUCCGCCGGAGAACUGCAGCGGGAGGCGAGCCUUCAGCGUGACACCACCCGGGGCAGCCUCCCCGCUUCCUCCCGCCAUGGAGGCGGGUGGCUUGGAGUGGCUGCUGGUCCCAAUGCAGCAGCUGGUGUCGUGGGGUGCUGCGGGGGCCAUGGUGUUCGGCGGCGUGGUGCCCUACAUUCCCCAGUACAGAGACAUCCGCCGGACACAGAACGUUGAGGGUUUCUCCACCUACGUCUGCCUAGUGCUACUGGUCGCAAACAUUUUGCGGAUACUUUUUUGGUUUGGAAGGCAUUUUGAAUCCCCUCUGUUGUGGCAAAGCAUUAUAAUGAUCAUUACUAUGUUACUGAUGCUGAAACUGUGCACUGAAGUACGCGUGUCCAAUGAGCUAAACAUAAAACGCCGCUCUUUUGCAGCUGCAGAUAGUAAGGAUGAAGAAAUCAAAGCACCUCCCAAGAGAUCCUAUCUGGAUUUUGACUUGAACUAUUUCUGGCAUUGGAGCAAGUUUACAGACUACGUGCAGUGUGUCCUGACCUUCACCGGUGUGACCGGUUACAUCACUUACCUCUGGCUUGACUCAUCUCUCUUUGUGGAAACGCUGGGCUUCCUUGCAGUGUUCACUGAAGCUAUGUUAGGUGUUCCUCAGCUCUACCGUAACUACCAGAAUAGGUCUACGGAAGGAAUGAGUGUCAAGAUGGUGCUGAUGUGGACCAGCGGGGACACAUUCAAGACUGUUUACUUCAUCUUGAAUCAAGCCCCUUUCCAGUUCUCCAUCUGUGGACUUCUGCAGGUUUUUGUGGACAUUGCUAUCCUGUUACAGGUUUACUUGUACAGCUACUACCCUCAUCAGAAGCCCGUGCCCCACACUGCUCACCCAGCCAGCACCAAGGCCCUGUGAGGCACUUAGCUGGACAGGUUGCAGGUCAAUGGCACUGUGGAGUCAGCCAUGGCAGCUCCUCUUUCGCUUGUAAAUACUCCUCUGUUGCCGAGUUGAAAGCAGAAAUGAGAACAAGAAUUGAAAGUCUGGCUGCACUUCCAGCUUGUAAGGUUUUAUUUUAAAUAACUUGUUCUGUUUCAAACAUAGCUGUACAGAGCUGUUUCUUGGUGGGGGAGGGGCACUUUAUUUUUGCAUAUGUACCUAUGAGCCUUAUCAAUUCACAAAUGUUUGUAUAUUUAAUCACAAGGGCUGGAUGGUUUGUGUUUUUAAUGCUAUUUAAAAAUGUUACAUCACAGAAAUUAUAGGAUAUUUUGUCGGAAACUUUUACCUAUUUAUAUAAUAUAAAGUCUGUAUAUUGGCAGGAAGUUUGUGGCAUAUGCUAGCAUUCACCAUCUCCAUGAUGUAGGAAGAAGUAUUGAAGAGCAAAUGCAGGAACUUUCACUUUUCUUUAUGAAGGGUGUCUGGUGAGCAGAGAAGGUGAGGGCAGGAGGCCCUGCAAAGAGGUGGGCAGCCAGAAAUGAACCUGUCAUACUCAGUGGAAAGCAUCAGUGUGCUGAAGAGUGAAUGGCUGGUGUUCACCUCCACUGCGGGAUCAGUGUGGCAGGUGGACACAUCAAGGAGAUGAUGAAGAGGGUCCGAGUAUGGAAGAUGCUGAAGCCGUGUUGAGAGCAGGCACAGCCAGUCAAGCAGUAAGCCAAAAGGAGGAGCUAACAGGAUACUGCAGGUAACUUAAGUAGUCAUGCUUUGAAAGGAUGAGGUUUGGGAACAGUUCUCUCUGCCCUCAAGGGGCAAGCACUGCUCCUGCAGCUGUGCACAGGACACUGCUGGGCUGUAGGACGUCUUUCACAAACCAAGGGGCCAUGGAUGUUGCCAGUAUUGCCAGGCAAGUAUUUCUGUGUGGUGACUGAGCCACAAAAGUAGAAGCAACUCCACUUCCAGUGCCUCAGAAGGGGAAGUGAUAAAGUUUUGAGAAGAGAAAAAGCUGCAUCCUAUGGAGUAGGACUAGCAUCUGACAGCUUAAUUUGUUAAGGUUGAGAUUUAUGUUUAUGUUUUGUUUAAUGCCAAACAAGAACCAGUUGAUGUUUUGGGGUGUUUCUUGUAUUUUGACCCAAGGAAGGAGUCCGUGUUUUUAUUUUUCUGUUGCUUAAGAUCUUCUAGGCUUUUAGAAGAAUCAGCAGUCUGUACUUCAACAGAGGGACUGAAGAAGCUGAAAGAGCAGCGAGUUUAUUUAUAAAUGUAGAUGUUGCCUAUAAUGGCUGUUUGCCAGUGUAGGUCACCAUGUCCUUCCUGAGAACUAUCUGCAUGUGUAUAGCAGCUGCAGGAGGUGUGGACCUGCAGGGGGCUGUUGCCAAGACCCUGGGCGUCUGCAAGUUGCUGUCAUGAAACCACUGUGGUUGGUAUGAGGCAGCCAUAGGCAAGA